AUGAUUGCUGGCUGGAAUCCAAACAGCGAAGAGCCCGAGCUCUACUACGUAGACGACAAAGCCACCCGCCUCAAGGGAAAUCUCUUUUCUUGCGGCAGCGGCAGCACUUUCGCCUACGGUGUUCUAGACAACAGCUAUAGAUGGGACAUGAGCGAGGCGGAAGCUGUUGAGUUGGGGCGGAGGGCCAUUUACCACGCGGCCCACAGAGACGGCGGCUCGGGGGGCCUUUGCAGAGUUUACUGCUGCUACCGCGGGGGCUGGCGGCGGGUGGUGGCUGGAGACGACAUAAGCGAAAUGCAUUACGCAUAUGCAGCUGAACAAGGGUCCGACGGCAGCCUCCUUUGA